GCCAGCGCGAGGAAAAGACCAACCAACAAGCCGUGAACUAUGACUGAACGCAAAACGUGGUGUCUGCAUUUGGGUCCUUCCCUCGUGUUCUCGGCAGCAGCCCUCAUGACAGUAGCAUGAGAGAUGACUGACCACGCCGCAGGGUGGAACAAAGGACAGAAGGUUGCACAUGCAGAAGAUGCCAACAGCUGGAGAUCAAUCUAUUUUCAUUACAUUUGAGUACUGAAAGAUGCUGUGGACAGGUUUACCUCCAAUGGAUUCUUGAAGUUGCUCCAAAACAAUUUUCCUGGGGGAAUCUCUUGGUGGAAGUCAGAGAGCGGGGACCAGGAUGUGGCCGCCUGACCUCGGGCCUCCAGACGUCCAGCUGACUCUUCCUGGUUUUGGGAGUGUCUUCGAGGAUGGCGAGGACCUUCAGGCGCCGCUGUCUUCUGGUGGUUUCUGCCAGUCAUCGAUACACGCAGGUGGUCUGUGCUGUCUACCAAGGACGUCCCUGUCCCUGUCCUCCCUGGGGCGAGACCUCACCUCAUUACUCAACUGUAAGACCAAUGGAUCCCACAUUGAAAAGACUAUGGAAGACUUUGCCACUACAGCACACAUAGACCCUAAAAAUACCCAGAGGUUUGGUUGUUACCCUAAGCCCUCCCUCCCUUUAUCCUAUAUGCUCACCAGCUGUGCCACAUCUCCUUCUUUCUGCUCCCCCUCACCCUCUGUUUCCUCCACCUCCUCCUCCUCAUCAUCCUUAUUUUUUGCCUCUUCCUUGCCUCUUUCUGAUGCCAACAACAAGUCAUCUCAGCAACAACCAAAGAUACAAGAAGAAUAUCACUCCAUUAAACAGGAGCCUGCAGAUGAUUUCUUGCCGUGUAAGAGGGAACCGUUUCAAAUGAACACCCACCAGGGGGAGCUGUUCCAUAUUGGCCAGCCCCUCCAAUGCCACAAUGGUCACGACAGCACCCAGACCCCUCUGCACUCUCCGAGGCUUAAUGGACCUGUAGGACAGGACCCUAUAGUGGACCAACAGGAGCAGCUGUGUCAUUGGAUCGACUGCAGCGCCACAUACAGCAGUCAGGAGGAGCUGGUGAGGCACAUCGAGAAGGUUCACAUCGACCAGCGUAAAGGGGAGGAGUUUGCCUGUUUCUGGGCCGGCUGUGUGCGGCGCCACAAACCCUUCAACGCUCGCUACAAGCUGCUCAUCCACAUGAGGGUUCAUUCUGGAGAAAAACCCAAUAAAUGCAUGUUUGAGGGCUGCUCCAAGGCGUUCUCCCGUCUGGAGAACCUGAAGAUCCACCUGAGGAGCCACACAGGAGAGAAGCCGUACAUCUGCCAGCACCCCGGCUGCCUCAAGGCCUUCAGCAACUCCAGUGAUCGGGCCAAACACCAGCGUACACACCUGGACACGAAGCCGUACGCCUGUCAGAUCGCGGGCUGCACCAAACGCUACACGGACCCCAGCUCGCUGCGGAAGCACGUCAAAGCUCAUUCAGCCAAAGGCCUUCAGGAGAGGGAGGUCAAGGUUCAAGUGCACACCGUGCUGGAAUCGGACAUUCUGAGCGAUUGUCUGGCGAGGCAGCAUCUCCACAGCUCGGCCUCUUCCCACCAAGGAAACAGUUCACCUUUACCGAGCUUAGAUGACUUCACAGGUGUUUACUCAAACAGCAGCACCGUCCACAACAGGGGGAAUUCAGAGUUUCUCCCUCCAUCAGCAGACACCUGCUCCAGGUAUCAAGGCUUAGAAGGAAACUUUGACGCCAACAGUCCAAUAUCUUCGUUAACAAGCCCGGGGAGCAUGAGAGAGGGGAACAGACCGACAUCGUUGUUCCUGACCGCUGACGUCAGCCCUGUGAGCUCUUCAUCAGACCGGGUUGACGUCCGGCUGCAGGGCUUCCAGAAAACCUACAGCCACCAACCGCAAGUGUUCUCACAGCAGCAAGGCUGUCUGUAUGGAGAGGGAAAAGUGGUUCAACCAGUCAACGAUGGAGGCUUUGAACCCGCCAGUUACUUCACAAACCCCUCCACCUCCCACUCCACAGGGUUCGACUUGUUGCAGGACCUGCAGGGUCAGGCAGGGGGCGGUUACUCCAUGUCUCCCUGCCCAGACGACAGCUUCCUCUUCCAGGCAGGUGGCGUCGACCGCUGCCUCAAUCAGAUCUACUCCAUCUACCUGGACUCAUGAUGACGGCCCAGAACCAGACACAAAAUCAGAAUCACUUUGUUUUCCCAAGGACAGCAUGUAGCAUGAAUGAUGUGUGAUGGACAAUCACAUCCACGAUACGCUGCAAACCAAAAGCUGCAGUUGUCAGCAUUGGUCUUGUUCUUGACAGAUGUGAAAAAUACUCCAGCUGAAGUUUUAACAGUACAAAGAAAAGUCCAAAAAUUUACGAGAGGCAGAGCUGGGGGCAAAGUGAUAAACAUAAACGGCCAAAAAGGAAAUCUGGUCAAAUUAAAGAUGUAAAUAGCAGUGACUUUUUUAUUCAGAGAUGACCACGGUAUUUGUGAUCUGGAUAGAACGAGCUAUACGCUUCAUUUGUUAGUUUAAUCUUUUGGAAAGUCAGGUAGCUGGCUCUCUGGCUCUGCCACUGAUGUUAGACUCAACCAGUGAGGUUUACUCUGCCUCCUCGGCAGCUCUGCCACCAGGAAAUGUUUAAACAGCAAUGUUAGGAACCAUAAUGUUAGUAUGUGUAAUGUAUAAGAAAUCCCUAAGCUGCAUUUAGUGGUACAAGCCCCUAAAGGAAUUUAGGAAUUUAUCAUUUUGGGAAAUAUGCUCCUUCAAGCUUUCUCUGAGAGUUAGAUGAGAGAGAUUGAUCCCACUCUGAAACUUGUAUGGUAAAUAUGAAGCUACAGCCAGCAGCAGGUUAGCUUAGCUUAGCAGAAAGUCUGAAAAACAGGGGAAACAGAGAGUCUGGCUCUGUCCAGAGGUAACAAGCCUGCUGGUUUAUUUACAUUUACCUGGAGUGGAGCUGCACAGGAGGAAACUGCAGAGGAGUGGAGUGUACAGUAAACUGUAGCACGGCUGCCCCCAAGUGUCUGCAUGAGUGUAUAUACUGCAUAUACAACAUAUACAGCCUGUGGAACCGAGUGGAUCAGUGUGGAUGACUCCUGGGACUGGAAAACAAAACCAGCACUAAAACGUAGUUACUCUAAAGCGUUCCUCUGUCACAGGGAGGUGAGAGGUGCCAACAGAUAAGUUUUAAUACGUGUAAUCUAACAACAAUCAAGUCACAAGCAUAAUCAUUCUCCUUUUUUUAUAUUGUCUCUUGUUGCUUCAGCACAGUGCCUUUAUGUGUUUGUUGUACAGUUUCUAUCAGUGUUAUAUUCAUUGAGGGAGGUGUGCAUUGUUUACAAUAAGUUCUCUGCACUCUUUUCUGUCUCGUCACAGAGACUUUAGGAAAAUGACCAACCAGAAAAUGUUUACACUGAUUUUGUAGCAAGUCAGAGAUUUCUUAUUAUUGUCACUGAACAGUGUAUAGACUGUAUAAAAAUGCAUCUGUCUUUUAUA